AUGUCGGAACCGCCCAUAUUACCAAAGCCAGUGUCCAAGGUGAUACUCAUUCAACCUUCAAAUGCUGCUCAACCUAGCCAACCUGCAGCUCAACAACAAGGACAACAAGUCUACCUACUUCAGCCGGGAAGUCAGCAACCUCAGAUAACUUUCAUUCCUGUACAAGUUCCUGCCGAUAAUGGAGCCCCUAAAAAGCAGAUGACGGUUUUAAGCAAUAUGCAAACAAUGAAUCAAUCCUCCCUGUCUACGGAGAGGCUGGAUAGACAAUCCAUGGCAUCCAUGAGUCAACCCGCCCCAAUGCCCCAGGUAGCUCCCUCUACGCAGCAUCGGAUCACCCUCGGAAACCUUCAUUUUCAACAGGAUCCGAAUGAUCCGCAGAAAUGGAUUAUUACCAAUGAUCCAGCCCCUACAGCCCAUCAGCCAAUGCAACCGGCGAUGCCAACCCGUAUGAAUGGUGGUGCUGAAAGCCCGAUGAUGAAUACCGAUUACGAUGCUAUGACAGCCAAUUUGAAUGAUAGUCAAGUCCCUAAAAGAUGUGCAUGUACAUGUCCCAAUUGCCAAAACAACAGUACACAACGAACCGGUGAUGGAAAGCAACGCCUCCAUAUAUGUCAUAUUUGUAACAAAACUUAUGGUAAAACGUCACAUUUACGAGCGCAUCUUCGCGGUCAUGCCGGAAAUAAGCCCUUCGCAUGUGACUGGCAGCAUUGUACAAAGAAGUUUACAAGAAGUGACGAGCUUCAACGACAUCGAAGAACGCACACAGGAGAAAAACGUUUCACUUGUUCGCAUUGUGGAAAGAAGUUCAUGAGAAGUGAUCACUUAACUAAACACGAAAGAACCCAUACAAGCAAUAGAGUGAACUUAAAUAACUCUCAAAUAAGAAUAUCUCAUAAUUAA